CACCUUCUGGCAUUCAGUCCACGCUGAUCUCUAGCUAUUUCACUGCAUCGGUGUCUGUAUCUGUUUACUUGGAAUUAUUUUUCUGUUUGUGAGCUUGAGCUAAAAUUCCCAGGACGGUUUGUGGCUGACAUCACAUGACAAUAGUUCUGAUUACUCUAGAUACCUGCAAGAUGAAUUUUAUAUUUUAUUUAUGAGCACAGGUUCUACUUCAUGCACAUCUUUCAGCAAGGACUCGGGAUGGCCAAUGUGUUUGCAUAUCAGAGCUCUCAGAUUGACUGGUGUGAAGACAAUUUUCAGUUUUCAGAGAAAGUUGCUGAGUUUUACAACACGAUCAGCAGUGUAAGUUUCUUCAUAUCAUCUCCUAUAAUGAUGUAUCUAUUACAUCCAUAUGCUCAGAAAAGGUCCAGAGCUGUGUAUCUCAUCUGGGUCAUGAUUAUGUUUGUAGGAUUUUUCUCAGCAUACUACCACAUGACGCUGAGCUACUUUGGUCAGUUAUUAGAUGAAUUAUCCAUCCUGUGGGUCUUAGCAAUUGGUUACAUGCUAUGGUUUCCCAGAAGACACAUGCCAACAUUCAUCAAAACCAGGAAGUCUUUUUCACUGAUUGUCUUUCUUGCUGCAUUGCUGAGCACAAUCCUGUCAUUUUUUAAACCAACAGUGAAUGCUUAUGCACUGAAUUGUGUUGCCUUACACAUUAUUUAUGUGAUUUCACUUGAAUUGAAAAGAUGCACGGAUCAAAGAAUAAUUAACCUAGCCAUUGUGACUGUGGCCUGGUGGUUUGUGGCGAUUUCUUGCUGGCUAAGUGAUCGCUUACUCUGUGGUUUCUGGAGACAGAUAAAUUUUUACUACCUCCAUAGUUUCUGGCACGUGCUGAUUAAUAUCGCAGUUGUCCAUGGCACAACAUUGUUUGCAUAUUUUGAUGCAUUUUAUGAAAUUCCAGAGACCAACCCAGAAGUCAAAUAUUGGCCUGUAGACUCGCAAUGGUUGGGUCUACCAUAUCUUGCAAUUGGAGACAAGGAUCAUCUCCAAAAGUCCUGCUGAAGGGGUUAUGUGUUCUUAAAUUAUACAAUAUAUUUUAUCAUUCAGUUUCUACAUAUAAUAUUUUAAUAAUGCCACUGUGGGAUUUUAAUGAUGGUGGGCACAAGGAACCUGAUCUGAAAUGAUACAUUUGUCUUUUCCUUACACAGUUCACAGUACUGUUGGCCAUGCAUUAUUAGACGAUUGUGUUAGUUUUUAAAAUCUGGAGGAUUUAUUUCUAUUUUAGUUAUUUUGAAUUUAUGUUUUUUUUUCCCUGUGAUUUCAGGUGAAGGCCAGAGAUUAUACUUAUAAAUAAUUUUGGGUCCAGUGUCAGUAUACAGCACUGUUCAGUAAAAUAUGACAUGGGUUAUCAGCGGGUAAAAUAAUGUAAUAUUCCACUUUCCAAAACCAGCUAUCCUACUGGAAUUCCUGAAGAACAAAAGGCACAGUAGUCUAAGUAAUAUUAGUAAUUUGUCCUGUGAAGCAUGGACCAGAAUGGAUUUGGGGGACAAAACACUUUUAUUCUUAACUUGGGGAAAGUAUUUAUUUUAAUUAUGAUUGGAUAUCUGUUAAUUACGUAACAGGCAUGCAAAUCCUUUGUAGUAUGUCUUCUGACAAAACAAAAUUUGUCAAUAUGAUUAUAUACCACUGCAUUGCAAUGCAAGAUUAAUGAGCCACAAGUAUAAAUAUUGAUGCAUUUGCAUCCCAGGUGCACUUGUUAUAGUACAAUUUGCCUGUAAAGCGUGGAAGACACUUUUCAUUGUAACUCAGUAUUUGUGACAAUAAUAAGUCAAAUGAAAUGAGUGUUAUCAUAGAGUCAUAGAGAUGUACAGCAUGGAAACAGACCCUUUGGUCCAACCUGUCCAUGCCAACCAGAUAUCCCAACCCAAUCUCGUCCCACCUACCAGCACCCGGCCUAUAUCCCUCCAAACCCUUCUUAUAUACCCAUUCAAAUGCCUUUUAAAUGUUGCAAUUACACCAGCCUCCACCACUUCCUGUGGUUGUUUAUUCCAUACAUGUACCACCCUCUGCGUGAAAAGUUGCCCCUUAGGUAUCUUUUAUAUCUUUCCCCUCUCACCCUAAACCUAUGCCCUCUAGUCCAGGACUCCCCCACCCCAGAGAAAAACUUUGUCUCUCAAUCCUAUCCAUGCCCAUCAUAAUUUUGUAAACCUCUAUAAGGUCACCCCUCAGCCUCCGAUGGUCCAGGGAAAACAGCCCCAGCCUGUUCAGCCUCUCCCUAUAGCUCAAAUCCUCCAACCCUGGCAACAUCCUUGUAAAUCUUUUCUGAACCCUUUCAAGUUUCACAACACCUUUCCGAUAGGAAGGAGACCAGAAUUGCACGCGAUAUUCCAACAGUAGCCUAACCAAUGUCCUGUACAGCGGCAACAUGACCUCCCAACUCCUGUACUCAAUACUUUGAUCGAUAAAGGAAAACAUACCAAACCCCUUCUUCACUAUCCUAUCUGCGAAUCCCCUUACAAGGAGCUAUGAACCUGCACUCCAAGGUCUUUUUGUUCAGCAACACUCCCUUGGACCUUACCAUUAAGUGUAUAAGUCCUGCGAAGGUUUGCUUUCCCAAAAUGCAGCACUUCACAUUUAUAUGAGUUAAACUCCAUCUGCCACUUCUCAGCCCAUUGGCCCAUCUGAUCAAGAUCCUGUUGUAUUCCGAGGUCACCUUCUUCACUGUCCACUACACCUCCAAUUUUGGUGUCAUCUGCAAACUUACUACCUAUGUCUCUUAUGCUCACAUCCAAAUUAUUCAUAUAAAUGACAAAAUGUAGAUGACCCAGCACUGAUCCUUGUAGCACUCCACUGGUCACAGGCCUCCAUUCUGAAAAACAACCCUCCACCAACACGCUCUGUCUUCUACCUUUGAGGCAGUUCUGCAGUGAAACUUUUAUUCUUAUGCUGUGGAGUGCGCAAUUCAUUUGACAGCGAAAAAUGAGUUGAGAAGUGUUGUGCUGGAAAAACACAACAGGCCAGGCAGCAUUCGAAGAGCAGGAAAAUUGACGUUUCGGGCAUAAGCCCUUCUUCAGCGAAAGGGGAGACCAUUUCACCCAUCUCGAUCUACUUACUCUAUUUCCAUACAAAAACAAAACACUGCAGUUUCUAUUUUUUUAAAAAAUUGAUGAAAAUAUGAACUAGGUCAGGCAGCAUCUUCAGAAGAUAGUCCCAGCAUUUUCUCUGUUCCAAGCGAUUUCCAAACUCUGGCAGUUUCAUUAUAUCCACCCAUCACUUUUACUUUUCAAAUAUUUAUCCAAAUAUACUUGAAAUAACAUGCUCAAAUGUUAGUCAUAUAAAUAUAAAAGGAGAAAGUGAGGUCUGCAGAUGCUGGAGAUCAGAGCUGAAAAUGUGUUGCUGGAAAAGCGCAGCAGGUCCGGUAGCAUCCAAGGAACAGGAAAUUCGACGUUUCAGGCAUAAGCCCUUCAUCAUUCCAGCAACACAUUUUCAGAUAUAAAUAUAAAAGUCAGGAGCAGAAGUCGACCAUUGUGCCCCUCGAACCUGCUCUGCUAUUCAGUAAGAUGGUGGCUGAUCUCUUUGUGCACGGAAUUCCUAAUUCUCCUGAUGAUCUUUGAUUCCCUUGCUGAUCAAAAAAUGAUCUACUUCUACCUUAAAAAUAUUUAAUGACCCCGCUUCAACUGUCUUCUGAGGCAGAGAGUUCCAGAGUCACACAACCCUCUGAGAGAAAAGAACUUUUACUCAUUUCAGUCAUACAAUGGCUACCCCUAAUUGAGUGACAGUAUCCCUGUGUCUGGACUCACACACGAGAGGAAGCCUCCUCUUCACACCCACCUUGCAAGAUCAUUACAUUCAAAUCACCCAUCACAUUUCUCAGUUUCAGGGGAAAAAGUUCAGUCUGUCCAAUCUUUCCUCAUAAGACAAGCCAUUCAUUCCAUAACUGAAACAUAACAUCUAUAGUUCUAUGUUCAAUUCCUCUCACAAUAAUGGAUAGCAUCCCAUUAGCUUUCUUGACUGGAACACCAACAUUCUCUGCAGUUUGAAAUUCUGUAGUCGUUAUCAUUUGAGUAAAAUGCUGUGUGUUCAUUCUUCCUGCCAAAGUAAACAGCUUCACAUUUUCCCACAUUAUAUUCCAUCUGCCAGUUUUUUGCCCACUCACUCAACUUAUCUCAACCCACAUGAAACUUCCUUUCUUUUUCACAAUGACUUUCAUGCCAUCUGUGCCUUCUGUGAAUGUACCUCCUAUACCUUUACUUUCCUCAUCUAAGUUAUUGAUGUAAGUUCUUAAAGAUUGAAGCCCCAGCACUGAUUCUUGGGGGACUUAACUGCCAAUUAGACAAAGACCUAUUUACAUAUGCUGUCUGGUUUAGGGCAAAAGCCCUCCCAAAACGUCAAUUUUCCUGCUCCUCGGUUGCUGCCUGACCUGCUGUGCUUUUCCAGCACCACUCUAAUCUUGACUCCGGUCUCCAGCAUCUGCAGUCCUCACUUUCCCCUGUUUUCUGCCAGUCAGCCAAUCUUCUAUCCAUAUCAAUAUGUUAAACCUCUUCAACAUGAACCUUGAAUGUCUGCAAUAAAUUUUAAUACAGCAGCUUAUCAUAUGUCUUCUGGAAAUCUAACUUUAGGCUCCCUUUAUCCACAGCCUGUUAUUAUUUCAAAGAAUUCUACUAAAUUAGUUAAACAUUAUUUCCCUUUGAUGAUACCAGGCUGAUUCUUCCUGAUUACCUUCAGUUUUUCCUUUACCACCCUUUUACGCAGUGAGUUCCAGAUAUCCCUAACCCUCUGGAUGAAUAAACAUCCGCAAAUCCCAUCUAAUCCUUCUGCUUCUUAUCUUAAAACUGUUAUUGGUCCUGUACUAAGUGGAAAAUCUUCUCCCUAUCUACUCUGUCAAUGCUCCUCAAACAUCGUAAGCCUCAAUCAGAUUUCUCCUCGGCCUCUUCUGCUCAAAGGAUAACAACACCAGUCUAUCUCGCCUCUUCAUGGAUGAAUUGCACCAGCCAAGGCAACAUCCUGAUGAAUCAUUUCUGUAUCCUCUUUAGUGCAAUCACAUCUAUCCUAUAACCUAGCAACCAGAAUUGCACACAGUACUCCAGCUGUGGCCAUCUAAAGUUAUAUGUAGCUUCAUCAUAACCUUCUUGCUAUUGUAUUCAGUGUUUUGACUAAUAAAAGCAAGUAUCCCAUCUGCCUUCUUAACCACCUUAUCUACCUGUAUUGCUUCCUUCAUGGAUCUAGGAUGUGCACACCUAGGUCCCCAUGAUCUUCUUUACAUCCUUGGGUCUUACCAUUCAAUAUGUACUCUCUUGCUUUUUCAGUCUUUUUCAGUCUUUCCAAAAUGCAUCACCUCAUGUUGCUUUCAGCUGAAUAAAUUAAUUUCUGUCUUGUGAGAAUUUGGUAGAGGUAUUGGCAUUCAAUCCCAAACUAAUUUGUUUUUAUACCUCAAUUCAUUUUCUCUUUUUUGGAAGAGUGAAUCCAAUUGUAUUGUCCAAGUCUAAAAGCAAAUAUUUCAAUUGAAAGUGCAGUGGGACAAUUGAAUAUUAUGCCCAGCAUAUUAAUUUUAUUGCGUGAAGAAAAAAUAAACAACUGUUACUCUUUCCAGUUGUAGACAAAGACAUUUCUGAACCAAAUGUGUUAACUAAGUGUAGGAGCUAUGAUUUUAUGGGAAAUAGAGAAUAUGCACUCACAGAACAUUUUAUAUUUUGUUUGUGUAUUUUGAGGCUGAAAUUCACUUUCAAACAGGUAACAGGACCAGGGUUUGUUUUGGAGCAAUCCCCAGAGAAACUUUGCAAUUUUGACUCAGGCACCCCUUUGACUGACAGUAGAGACAAGCUCCCUGUCCAAUUAAGGAUAAUAAAUGGCCUAUUGAAAGUGGAGGGUCAAUCAAAGGCUUUUCAGCUUCACAGGGGUACCUGACUACAAUGGAUAGCAGGUAACUAAGAGAUCCCUUCAAAAGAAGGUGACGGAAGGGAUAGGAUAAGAAUAUUUGUACAAAGUAGCCAUUCGGCUCAUCCCCCUCCAGGCAGGGAAGAACUAUAGGGUUGUCUGGAUGCUGUCACCCUGGCCUGCUACUGGGUUUCUACCUCCAGGAAAUUGAUCUGCCCCCUCGCAUUGCUUCAGGAAUUUGGCUGAUUGGAAAAUCCCAGGCUUGCAUUUAAAAUGCGUCAAACUAGUUUCCUGACCCACAAGGAAAAGAUUAAUGCCAGGAACUGAAAUUUUCUCACCCCGCCUGCCUCCUUUCCAAUCUCAGCAUGGUUGAAAACCUUUCCUUUGCGAGUUCUACAAUAAAACCAAAAAAAAAGUCCCAAAUGGCAAUGUAGCUUUUAAAAAUGGAAAUUGAUAGGUUUCUAGACACCGGUAGAAUUUGAGAGGGCACUGUUCCUUGCAUUGAACAUUUCAUCCUUCAUGACUGUUUUACAUGAAACCAUUUGUGUGGUUUGACUCUGUGGUUUUGUCUGUUUUCCUUCCCUUGGAAACUACUGUCGGGUGCCAUCUUAGUUCAUCUUGCUACUUAAGUGCCUUACAGCUUUUGAUCGCCUUCUGAAGGAUGACAAAAUUGUCUUAUUGUGGACUCUGUUUUCUGCCCCCAGAUCUUUUCCUUCUGUUUUCCUGCUGUUUGACCUCUAACUCAACCAACCAAAACUUCAACUGAUUUGCUGCCUGAAGGGAAAGAAAGGCAUGGCUUUUACAUAUCUUAAAUUUCACAGUACCAAGACCCAUGCUGGGAUUAAAUGGCCUUUAAAAAUGGUUAUCACUGUCACCCGAGAUAUUUCUUAGGUGUCAAUCAAAUAAACAAUUACAUGCUGGUAACUAUGCUGGUCAAAUGCCGAGUGCUGAUGAAAAGUGUCCCUACCUGCUAAGUUCUAUUCUUUUAUUCUCUCUUAUCUUUCAGUAACAACCAACAGAUCAUAGACUUCUAUAUUUCUUUAUCUCUUCACUGACUUCACAAACAGCAAUGACCCAUUAAUCUGUCUCUUGGGUUUCUGCCAGAUUGAUGACAUUUGUGGUUCCGCUAUCAGUCAGCCAUUUAUGAUUUCUGUUCCUUCACCCUUUUAUAAUCUUUGAUUCACAGAAUAUUAAUACCAAUCCUGAGGUUUUACCAGAAUUCAUUACUCACUGUUGGUUAGUUUCAAAAUCCAUUUCUUUUGCAAAAGCUUAGACAUAAAACAUGUUUAGUAUUUCUUCCAUUCCCCUAAUUUCCACCAUAAAUCUGUUUCCUUUAUCCCUUAUCAGUCCUUCCCCAAACUGACUUCUUUUUUGACUGAUGGUAACAUUUUGAAUUUUGCUUGUAAUGCUUGAGCAGAAUUUUGCCAAUUUAUAAUUUUUCUUGCAUUUUAAAAACAGCAUUUUUGACAACACUGAGGUCAGGGGUCAGAGAUUAGACUUAACUGUAGUAAUCUCAAGUGUUCAUGAGUAAUCAUGAGACAAAUCAUUGCUGGAUUCUCCUUGAGUCUCAGAAAUGGCCAGAUAUUUUGAAACAGUGAAUUUGAAAUUUGGCUCUAAGUUAAAGUGGCAUCAUUAUAUUGAUGCAGUACAUAACUGGUUAAAAAAUGUAUGACUUGCACUGUGAAAAUUGUAAAUAACUAUUUACCAUAAAAUAAGUUGUUGACUUACAA